AAAACGGCGCGUUUCGAUUCCCUUCCAAAAAGGUGAAAAAUGUGAUCAGUAAAGUGAUCCUCAGUUCCUCCACCACACUUCACUCCCGCGUAUGGCUGCUCCUCUGCUUCUUAAAGGCAUCCCGCUCCUCCGGCUUCGGCUGCAACGGUACAACUGUCUCUCCGCCAGAAUCGUUUCUUCUCCGUGCCGUCCUUGGUGCGCCGCCGCAGAGCCGACUGGGCACCAGGACGAGGUAUCCUCUUCGGAGAAGAGUAGUGUGGUGCUGACCGUGAAGGAUCCACCGAAGUACCAUAGGUGGGAUGAUCCUGAUUACAGGAAAUGGAAGGAUAAGGAGGAAGAGAUGCUUCGAGACAUCGAACCUAUCAUUUUGCUAGUUAAAGAGAUUCUUCACUCUAGUAGGUAUAUGGAUGGGGAACGCUUAACUGUUGCAGACGAGGAAACUGUGGUAGAGAAGCUUCUUCGUCAUCAUCCACAUUCUGAAGAUAAAAUUGGAUGUGGAUUUGAUUGUAUAAUGGUUGAUCGACAUCCUCAAUUUAGACACUCAAGAUGUCUCUUUGUUGUUAGAACUGAUGGUGGAUGGAUAGAUUUCUCCUACCAAAAGUGUCUCCGAGCGUACAUUCGAGAUAAAUACCCAUCUCAUGCAGAAAGAUUUAUUAGAGAACAUUUUAAGCGUGGUAGUGGCUAAAAUGUGAAAACAUAAUGUUAAUAGCGGUGUGUGAGUACGGUUUUGGUGUCACUGGAGAUGUUUUAAGAUUUCAUUUGAGUAGAGACAUUGUGAAUUUGUAUUAGCGACUUAUAUAAGCCUUGAAUUAUAGUUGUCAAUGUAGUAGAUGAUCCUUGACUGACGCCUCAUGUUCGUUGUAAAUGAGGACAAAGAAAAUGAUUAUUUUGUAAGAAGCAUUUCUUGAGAUCCUCAGGUAUUGGCUGUUAUAUAACGUUACUAGGAUUUUCGAA